AUGGCCCUUUUAUCUCUUGGAUUCGACUUCAUUGACCUCGAUGGCCCUUGGGUACAGGUGGACAUAAACCGAUCACCUGAUGGUUCUCGCCUUUAUUGUGCGUCACUUGCGGGUCUGCAGGAUUCAUCGUUGUCCCUCCUUGAGGGUGGUGCGAAUCCCAAUGCGGAAGGAGGUCAAUUUCACAGUGCGCUACGAGUAGCAGCAUCUCACGGCCACGAACAGAUUGUGCGACUGCUGCUGGAGCAGGGUGCAGACGUGAACCUGCAAGGUGGACGGUACGGGAGUGUACUGCAGGCAGCGGCAUAUCACGGCGAUGAGCAGGUUGUAUGA